GUUAUGUCAUGUCGACUAUUUCUACUGUGACAGAUAUCGAAGAACAAGACGAUAUCUUCAGUUUAUCUAGAAGAUAUGCGUCUUUCUUAGAACAUAGUCGAGAGUUUAGAGAAGAGCUUUAUGAAAUGCAGGGUCCAGAAGAUAUUCCUUACCGAACUAUGUCUUGGAAUAUGGCUUACUGUGCUAUGACUGCUGAAACAGUAGCUUUGGGAGUAUUAUCUUUACCAAGUGUCUUUUCUACUUUGGGAUAUGUUCCUGGAGUUGUACUUGUCUUGUCCUUUGGAAUCCUUUCUACUUAUACAGGCUUCAAUCUGGGACAGUUUCGAUUGAAUCACCCAGAAGUAUGUAACUUUGGAGAUGCCGGUUAUGUUUUAAAGAAAAGAUUGGGAAGGUUUCUUUGUUCUACUGGACUUUGUCUGUUUUUAAUAUUUUUGGUUGGAGCGCAUUGCCUAGCUGGAAGUAUAGCUAUGGAAACUUGGACGAACAAUCACUUCUGUCGACUAUUGGGUGCUAUACUAUUUGCUUUGAUUGGUUUCAUUCUUAGUCUUCCUCGUACUUUGAGAGGUGUGAGUUAUAUGUCUGUGGUUUCUAUUCUUAGUAUUUGUUGUGCUUUGAUAUUUACAGGAGUUGCACUUAUUAUUCAAAGACCAACCGAUACUUUGUUUCAGUCUCCAAAAGCUUUUGUGACAAAUGUUUCCUUUUCCUCUUGUCUUGUUUCUAUUAUGGACGUUAUAUUUGCUUAUGCUGGUCAUUUAGCGUUUUUUAACUUUAUAGCUGAAAUGCGCGACCCAAAAGAGUUCAGUAGAGCACUAUUCGGUCUUCAAGUAACUGAUAUAACUAUUUACCUUUUGACAGGAACUAUCAUGUAUGCUUUUGGAGGUGGUCAUUUAACUUCUCCUAUUAUAUCUACUCUACGUUUUUCAACACUACGUCAAAUAGCCUAUGGUUUGGCAACUCCAAUGAUUGUGAUUGCAGGAGUUAUUUAUGCACACGUGGCUGCGAAGUUUCUGUUCUUUCGAUUGGUUCCUAGUCACUAUUCUUCUCAUUUUCGACGACAUACGUAUCUUUCAUGGAUUAUUUGGUCCACUUUAUGUGCAUUCAUUUGGUGCUUGGGUUGGCUAAUAUCAGAAGCAAUUCCUUUCUUCAACGAGUUGCUUAGCUUGACUGCUUCUCUUUAUGCUUCUCAGUUCACAUAUGGACUAUCUGGGGUCUUUUGGUUAUUUGAUCAUCGUGGAGAGAGAAGACCGUUAUGGAUGUUGUUGAACAUUUUUAUUGUGAUAUUGGGUCUUGUUAUUAUGAUUUUAGGUGUUUAUUCUUCCAUUGUGGAAAUUAUUCUCAAACGUGAAACUACACAUUCAUUGGGUUUAUUUUCUUGUUGAUUGGGAAUAAAAAGUGAAUUGUAGAA